UGUUGACUUUAUUUGUACUCAGAGAAUCCUGGCGACUGCCAGCUGGUUUUUUUCUCCUGGGUUUACCAGAACUGAGCUGAAUUGGAAACUGUUAUUUGCUUUAACGAAACAAUUUACUCUUGUGCAACAUGAAAUUGUGUCAAUCAAGCAAAUAAGAGAAGAAAGCCUUCCUUAUAAAUUUGCCUGCUUCUGAUUUUACCUCAUUGCUUCUCAAGCUCCGAGAGAGGGGGGACAAUGAAGCUUUUGAUGUUUGGCAUUUUUUUGUUUUUAUGUAAUGCCCGAGCCCGGGCGGAAGAGAAACAUUAUUAUAUUGGAAUUAUUGAAACAUCAUGGAACUACGCCACUGACACCGGGGACAAAAAACUUAUCUCUGUGGACACGGAGCACUUCAGUAAGUAUCUUCAAAAUGGUCCGACGAGAAUUGGGAGAAUCUACAAAAAGGCUCUUUAUCUUCAGUACACAGAUGAAGGCUUCACAACUGUCGUGGAGAAACCAGCCUGGCUAGGGUUAUUAGGCCCUAUUAUCAAAGCUGAAAUUGGUGAUAAGGUUUUUGUACACUUAAAAAACUUUGCCUCAAGGCCUUACACUUUUCAUUCACAUGGGAUGACAUACUACAAGGACCAUGAAGGGGCCAUCUACCCUGAUAAUACCACAGAUUUUCAGAAAGCAGAUGACAAAGUACUUCCGGGACAGCAGUAUACUUACAUAUUAAGUGCCAGUGAAGAGCAAAGGCCUGGUGAGGGAGAUGGUGAUUGCGUGACUCGGAUUUACCAUUCCCACAUCGAUGCUCCGAAAGAUAUUGCCUCUGGACUCAUCGGGCCUUUGAUACUCUGUAAAAAAGAUUCUCUGGAUAAGGAAACAGAAAAAGAAAGAAACAUUGACCAAGAAUUUGUGGUGAUGUUUUCUGUGGUGGAUGAAAAUCUCAGCUGGUACUUAGAAGACAACAUCAAAGCCUACUGCUCUGAACCGGAGAAAGUAGACAGAGACGACGAAGAGUUCCAGGAGAGUAACAGGAUGUACUCUGUGAAUGGGCACAGUUUCGGAAGUCUCCCGGGACUCUCCAUGUGUGCGGAAGACAGAGUGAAGUGGUACCUCUUUGGUAUGGGUAAUGAAAUCGAUGUGCACGCAGCUUUCUUUCAUGGGCAAACGUUAACUAGCAAGAACUAUCACAUCGAUACAAUCAACCUCUUUCCUGCUACUCUGUUUGAUGCUCUCAUGGUGGCCCAGAGCCCUGGAGAAUGGAUGCUUACCUGUCAGAAUCUAAACCAUCUGCAAGCUGGUCUGCAGGCCUUUUUCCAGGUCCAGGACUGUAAAAAGUCUCCAGCAGAGGAUGACAUACUGGAGAAACAAGUUAGACAUUACUACAUCGCUGCCGAGGAAAUCAUCUGGAAUUACGCUCCCUCCGGUGUAGACAUGUUCACCAAUGAGUCGUUGACAGCACCUGGCAGCGCCUCAGAGGUGUUUUUCGAACAAGGACCUGCAAGAAUCGGAGGCUCUUAUAAAAAGCUGGUUUAUCGCGAGUACACAGAUGCCUCUUUCGCUAACCGCAAGGAGAGAGGCCCCGAGGACGAACACCUCGGCCUUCUGGGUCCUGUUAUUUGGGCAGAGGUUGGAGACAUCAUCAAGGUCACCUUCAAAAACAAAGGACCAUUUCCCCUGAGUAUUCAGCCAACCGGGCUGAGGUUCAGUAAGGACAACGAGGGCACAUACUAUGCUUCCCAUUCCAAUCCAAGUGGCGGUGGGCCUCCUUCAGCCUCUCAUGUGGCACCCACAGAAAGCUUCACCUAUGAAUGGAGUGUCCCCAGAGAAGUAGGGCCCACUCAUGCAGAUCCGGUGUGCCUGUCCAAGAUGUAUUACUCUGCCGUGCACCCCACCAAAGAUAUAUUCACUGGGCUCAUUGGACCCAUGAAGAUAUGCAAGAAAGGAAGUUUGCAUGAGAAUGGCAAACAGAAAGAUGUGGACAAGGAGUUCUAUUUGUUUCCCACAGUGUUUGAUGAGAAUGAGAGUUUACUCCUGGAUGAUAACAUUAGAAUGUUUACAAGUGCACCUGACCAGGUGGAUAAGGAUGAUCCUGACUUCCAGGAAUCUAAUAAGAUGCACUCCAUCAACGGAUUUAUGUAUGGGAACCAGCCCGGUCUCAGUAUGUGCCAGGGAGACUCAGUCUUGUGGUACUUGUUCAGUGCUGGAAACGAGGCCGACGUACACGGGAUAUACUUUUCAGGAAACACCUACGUGUCAAGAGGAGAAAGGAGAGACACCGCAAACCUCUUCCCCCAGACAAGUGUCAGGCUGUUCAUGAGGCCUGAUUCCGAAGGAACUUUCGAUGUUGAGUGCCUCACCACCGAUCAUUACACAGGCGGCAUGAAGCAAAAAUACACUGUGGAUCAAUGCAGGCGGCUGUCCGAGGGCCCGGUCGUCUACCGGGGACAAAGGAGCUACCACAUUGCAGCAGUGGAAGUGGAAUGGGAUUAUUCCCCAAGCAGGAAAUGGGAAAAGGAGCUGCAUCAUUUACAAGAGCAAAAUGUUUCCAAUGUAUUUUUAGAUAAAGAAGAGUUUUACAUAGGCUCCAAGUACAGGAAAGUCGUGUAUCGUGAGUACACAGACAGCACAUUCACAGUGCCAGUGGCGAGAAAAGCCGAAGAGGAACACCUCGGCAUUCUAGGUCCACAGCUUCAUGCAGAUGUUGGAGACGAAGUUAAAAUUAUCUUCAAAAACAUGGCCACGAGGCCCUAUUCAAUACAUGCCCAUGGGGUGAAAACUCAGAGUCCCACGGUGACUCCAACAUUGCCAGGUGAAACUCGCACAUACAUAUGGCAAAUCCCAGAUAGAUCUGGAGCUGGAAAGGAGGAUUUGGCUUGCAUUCCCUGGGCCUACUAUUCAACUGUGGAUCGAGUUAAGGAUCUCUACAGUGGAUUGAUUGGCCCACUGAUUGUUUGUCGGAAACACUACCUAGAAGUAUUCAAUCCCAUAAAGAAAGUGGAAUUUAGCCUUCUGUUUUUAGUCUUUGAUGAGAAUGAAUCUUGGUACUUAGAUGACAACAUCAAAACUUACUCUGAACACCCUGAGAAAGUAGACAAAGAUGAUGAGGAAUUUAUAGAAAGCAAUAAAAUGCAUGCCAUUAAUGGAAGAAUGUUUGGAAAUCUACAUGGCCUCACCAUGCGUACGGGUGAUGAAGUCAACUGGUACCUGAUGGGGAUGGGCAAUGAAAUAGACUUGCACACUGUACAUUUUCACGGCCACAGCUUCCGAUACAAGCAUAGAGGCAUGUACAGUUCUGAUGUCUUUGACAUUUUCCCGGGAACAUACCAAACUGUAGAAAUGCUUCCAGAAACACCUGGAAUCUGGUUACUCCACUGCCAUGUGACUGACCACAUCCAUGCUGGAAUGGAAACUACCUACACGGUCCUACCAAAUACAGAGACCAAGUCUGGCUGAAAGACAAGGUGAUAAGUGGGA